AUGCCGGGGGGAAUUUCAGGGCCGGGGAAACAGGACACCGACGGGGGUGCAGUUCCCGAGCGAGGGGCGGGCGAAGACGCAGCGGGAGGCGGGGGGAAGUCCUUCGUGGGGCUGAUGGGAGAGGACGACAGCGGGACGUGGGUCGAGUCGCAGAACGUCGACGGCCUCGAGAUCCUCGUCAAGGACGACCUCAGGCUGUGGCCGGACCGCCUGUGGGUCAACGACCGCGGCUUCGACCGCCAGGGGAACUUCGUCUACGGGAACCAGCGCGACGUGCCCUACAAGAUGAGGAGGGUCACCGCCGGGGGACCCCUGGAGUGGACCCUGGGCGCGCGGCAUCGGACCGAGAAAACGUACGCCGAAAGAAUGUCCGCCAUCGGGGUGACCCCGGGGCAGCGGCUAGGACCUCCCGUUCGCAUCGCCGCGCCGGCCGGCACGGGCGGCACCGGCGGCGGCGGCGGCGGCUAA